UACGUCCACUGGCCGGACAUGAGUGCUAGCGUGGCCGUGGCCAGUCCCUUGUUGGUCUGGUCACUACUAGCUACCGCUAGUAGAAGAUCACCUUGAAUACAGAGAAGCCGGGCAUCUGGCUCCAGCGAGAAUAGAUUAGAAUAGGUGGUGGCAAUGAGGCAAUCAAAGCUGAGAGCAGUGGCGGCAAUGGCAACGCGGUGGUUGUUACUCCUCUGCCUCGCGCUCGCGCAAGCUGCCACCGCCGCCACUGAUGACGACACUGGUGGUUUCAUUAGCAUCGACUGUGGCUUCCCGGGGACGACGAGCUACGUGGACGACGCCACCACGCUGUCGUACGCCCCGGAUGCCGCGUUCAUCACCGACGCCGCCGCCGGCGAGAACUACAACGUCUCGGCUGCGCACGUCACGCCGGAGCUCGCGAGGAUCUACCGCGACGUGCGCAGCUUCGCCGACGGCGCGCGCAACUGCUACACGCUCCGGUCACUCUCGGUGGGGCUCAAGUACCUCCUCCGCGCCAGCUUCAUGUACGGCGACUACGACGGCCUCAACCGGCCGCCCGUCUUCGACCUCUACAUUGGCGUCAACCUGUGGAAGACGGUGAACACGUCAUCGGAACCGCCGGACGGCCGAGUCGUCGCGGAGGCCAUCGUCGUCGUGCCGGACGACUUCGUCCAGGUUUGCCUGGUGAACACCGGCUCCGGGACGCCGUUCAUCUCCGGGCUGGAGCUGAGGCCUCUCAAGAGCUCCAUCUACCCGCAAGUGAACGCGACACAGGGACUGGUCUUGCUAGCCAGGCGCAACUUCGGCCCGACUGAUAGUACAGACAUUGUCAGGUACCCUCAUGAUCCAUAUGACAGAAUAUGGAUACCUAUAAUUGACGUCACCGACUGGACCGUGAUAUCCACGAUAGAAACAGUGGAGAACGAAUACAAAGACCUCUUCGAGGCGCCGUCAAAGGUGAUGCAAACAGCAAUCACGCCGCGUGACACUGCCAACAGCAUCAACUUACAUUGGGACUCUAAGCUGCAAUCCAAGGGCCCGUCGCUUGGGUACAUACCGGUCUUCCACUUCUCUGAUGUGCUGCAGGGCGGUGGAUUACGCCAGUUUAACAUCAACAUCAACGACAAGUUGUGGUAUCAAGAUUACACGCCAAAGCAUCUCUACAGCGGCUAUAUCUUCGGUACAAACCCCUAUACCAACCAAAUCCAAUAUAAUGUCUCCAUCGUCAAGACAGCCACCUCAAUGCUCCCACCUAUCAUCAACGCCGCCGAGGUUUUCACUGUCAUCUCCACUACCAAUGUUGGCACGGACUCAGAGGACGUCUCUGCUAUGAUGGCUAUCAAGGCGAAGUAUCAGGUGAAGAAAAACUGGAUGGGAGACCCGUGCGUUGCGGAGACUUUUAGGUGGGAUGGUCUGACGUGCAGCUAUGCCAUUUCCAGUCCUCCAAAAAUUACUGGCGUAAACAUGUCUUUCAGUGGUCUGAAUGGUGACAUAUCAUCUGCUUUCGCAAAUCUCAAGGCCGUCCAAUCCUUGGAUUUGUCACACAACAACCUGACGGGCUCAAUUCCUAGCGCCCUGUCACAGUUACCGUCACUGACAACUCUAGAUUUGACCGGGAAUCAGCUCAGCGGAUCAAUCCCCCCUGGACUUCUCAAAAAAAUCCAAGACGGCUCCUUGAAUCUAAUUUAUGCCGAUAAUCCAAACCUUUGCACCAACGAAGAUUCAUGUCAGACGACGAAAGGUAAUAAGAGCAAGCUAGCCAUCUACGUCGCUGUUCCUAUGGCUCUGGUUGUGGUGGCACUGACAGUCCUGCUAUGUUGUUUGCUGCUGCGGCGAAAUAAGCGAGGGUCAGUGGACGUCUCCAUGAAGCCCCGGGACAAGACUUCGAUGAGCCUUGCUCCAAUUGCAGGCGACGAACACAGACGCAGCUCGCUGCAGCUUGAGAACCGCCGGUUCACAUACGAGGACCUAGAGAUGAUGACCAACAACUUCCAGCGUGUAAUUGGGCGGGGCGGCUUUGGAUACGUCUACGAGGGCUUCUUGGAGGAUGGCACUCAGGUGGCGGUCAAGAUGAGGUCUCAGUCGUCCAAUCAGGGUGCCAAGGAGUUCCUCACGGAGGCACAAAUCUUGACACGGAUCCAUCACAAGAAUCUCGUGUCCAUGAUCGGUUACUGCAAAGAUGGGGUGUACAUGGCGCUCGUCUAUGAGUACAUGUCAGAAGGAUCCCUGCAAGAGCACAUUGCAGGAAAACACUUGACUUGGGGGCAGAGACUUCGAAUCGCACUGGAAUCAGCGCAAGGGCUAGAGUAUCUGCACAAGGGCUGCAACCCGCCUCUCAUUCACAGGGACGUGAAGACAUCCAACAUCCUACUGAAUGCGAAACUGGAGGCCAAGGUUGCUGAUUUUGGCUUAUCAAAGGCUUUGGAUCGUGACAUCUACACUCAUGCGUCCACAAAUAGGCUUGUUGGCACGCCAGGAUACGUCGAUCCAGAGUAUCACGCAACAAUGCAGCCAACCACUAAGAGCGACGUGUACAGUUUCGGCGUGGUGCUGCUAGAACUGGUCACAGGGAGGCUUCCUAUCUUGCACGACCCGCCUCAGCCCACCAGCGUCAUCCAGUGGACACGGCAGCACCUGGCACGCGGCGACAUCGAGGGCGUGGUGGACGCGUCCAUGGGAGGCAACCAUGAUGUCAACAGCGUGUGGAAAGCCGCGGAGGUCGCGCUCCAGUGCACCGAGCAGGCGUCGGCGCAGCGCCCCGCCAUGACCGACGUGGUGGCGCAGCUCCUAGAGUGCCUCGACCUCGAGAAGGGGCGCACCGGGGGCGACGCCAGCAGAAGCUUCUUCUCCGACGGAGAAAGCGGCGACACGACGACCAAUGCGCACGUUGCUGCUAACCAAUCCACUGACAUGAGCCAGAGCAGUGCAUUUGAAAUGGUGCCAAUGAUGGCUACAGGUCCUGCCACGAGGUAAAGACUAUAGUUGCCUGUUUCACCAAGGCACAUGGAAAUGUUCAGACAUUUUUUAUGAAGAACUUUUAUUUCAUUCCAAUGUAGUAUGAAAUAAGAAAAUCCCUGCAACCACAUAUACACCAAGCUGGUGCAUAUAUAUAGCCAUUACAUAUAUGAAAAGGACCAAAAAGAAAAGAAACGAGGAAGACCAAUUGGUAUGCACGAAGCAAUAUCGAGUCAUAUAUGCAAAAUAUGUGGAAAUUGUUCGGACAGUUGGAGUGUCUUCAAUUUACAAAUUUUCAUUGUAAGACCAUGUCAUCGAUGUAUUUGUCUUGGCUUUGCUUUUCACGGUGAGACACUUCUUUUUGUUCUUU